GGGGGGAGUGAGAUGAAGGAGCACUGAAACUCCAGACACUCACAGAGGAGAGACGGAGACAGCUUUCAACACGUAGAGAACUCUGGAAGACUUGUGACACCAAUACUGAGACCGACCGGUCACUUACUGACUCAUCAUACUGUUGGCUGGGUCAUUUUUCCUUUCUAUUCAGUGAGGCAAAGAAGAUUCUUCCACAGCCAAGGAGUGAUGUCAACACUGGACCAGCAUGUCAGGACAGUGUGGGGCUAAAGGGUUAAUGGAAGAGGAGUAAAGCUGAAUUGCUUGAUUGCAGAACUGAGCACUCACAGAAGACUGACUCUUCUUCACUUGUGUGACGUGUAGGUUUAAUCUCAGACAAGUCAUCUCCAGCGUGUUUUUUCUGUCGUCUCAGACAUAGCCAUCUCCAGUGUGGAUCAGGACCAUGAAUGUUCUACCUAACCCCAUGACCAGGGCCCAUCAGGAUCAGCCUCUCCCUCUCUGCUCCCAGGGGGCACACCUCCAGGACUUCUCCUCCAGGUGUCCUCUAGGGCUUGGUGCUGGUCAUGGGGGCAGGCUUAGGGCCAUGGGGGGGCCUCUGGGGCCCCAGAGACCAGGCAAGCCACCGCGGGAGCUGAGCCCCGAAGAGCAGCAGGAUCUAAGGAGGAAGAUCAACAGCCGGGAGAGGAAGAGGAUGCAGGACCUGAACGUCGCCAUGGACGCUCUGAGGGAGGUGAUGGUGCCUUACGCCUCCUCCUCUCCUUCCUCCUCUUCCUCCUCCCAGGGGCCACACUCCCACCAGCAGCAGCCAGGGGCCCCACCUGGACGCAGACUCUCCAAAAUCUCCACCUUGGUCCUGGCCCGUAACUACAUCCUCCUCCUGGGCUCGUCUCUGCAAGAGAUGCGCCGGCUCCUGGGGGAGGUGAGUGUUGGGGUGGGGGUUGGUGUGGGGGUGAACACGGGGCCUGUCCCCAGGCUGCUCCUGGCCGGGGGUUGGCCCCUCCUCACCGGCCCCAGUCAGCUUCUCCUCUCCCCAGAAACUCUCCUGACCUCAGCCUCCUCCUCCUCCUCCUCCUCCAAGUGUCCUCUGUUGCCUCCUGGCCACUUGGAGGGCCCCAUGGCCCCAGUGCAGUGGGGCUCACCUGGGGCUCCUGGAGGGCCACUCUGCCCCUGUGUGGUGUGCAGGCUGCCCAGGUUCAGCCACCCCAGCCCUGGACCCAGGUUCCCCAAGUGAAGGCUUGCUGGGACCACCUCUUGUGUGUUCUUCCGAUCUGCUACAAUGACUGAUUCUUCUGAGCGGAUGGACUUCUGGUUAUGGUUUAUAAUCUUCUUUUUCUGAAGAUUUUGACAUGUUAUUUUUUUUUUAAUGAGUAUUUUUUUUUUUUUUACUAAUUCAAUGAUAACUUUGUUGUAAUGGACCUUGUCCAUUAGGUUUUUACGAAUCUCUUGUGGACAGAUGAAUCUGUCAAGGCUCAUGUAUAAUUGUGUGAUACGAGCAGCAGUAGUUCCUAGUUUGGGGGUUUUGUUGAUAAUUAUUUGGACAAAUGAGGAUUAGGCGAAGGUGGUUUUUAAACGGGUGUAAUGAUUGUCAAGCUCGUGUGCGGAUGAAAAGUAAUUUCCACAGCCACAAAGUCAAUAUUGGCUGUAUCGUAAAAAUGCAUGAAAACUCAAAUGCGCUUUUUGGGCAUGUUAAACACGGGUGAAAAUCACAGAAGGGAGGGUUUGGCUGAGAGUUUCCAUUUGAGAGGGAGGAGACAUCACUUCCUUCCCUUGCACAAAGGUCAUCACAAUUGUUAUCGGCAUUUCCCCGAAGUAAAAUAGGAAAUUACAAAACUUUCACAACAUACUUGUACUUCUGGGUAACCGAGAUUCGUUUUUUUUUUAUUGGUGACUGUGGUCAGUAAAAGUCAAUGUAUUUUAGAUUUUAUGAACAAAUUAUAUUUUAUAUGAUAAUAGAUGAAGAUACGUGUAAGUUCUAACACAGACAAUAAAUAGAAAUGUACUGUU